AUGGCCUCGGUCGCCGCUCACCCAGGGGUCAUCCGGCGCAUGCUGCAGCGAGGCGGCAGCGCCGGAGCCUACGUGGUGACGCUGCACUCUCCGUUCGACGCUUCACUGCCGCCGACGAAGGUUGAGGUCGAAGAGACGCUGCCGGCGUGCUGCAUUGGCGCCGGCGCUUGCGCUGCGGCCUAUGCCAAGCCAGCCAUGGACGACGACGCGCAGGCUGCCGCCGUUCUCUGGCCCUGCCUGGUGGAGAAGGCGUGCGCGGCGUCUGGGCUGUUUGCCGCCGGUGGGCAAGGGUACGAGGGGCUGAACGGAGAGACGGGCGAGCACGCGAUCUGCUUGGCGUCUGCCAUCUUCGAUGCGCACGCGCAAUCGGACACGGUCUCCCGCGACGGGGUGCAGCAGGACCACUGCUACUCCCUCCUCGCCUCCCGUCCUCGUUCUGCGCGCCAGCGCUCUGCCUCGAGCGAUCUGGAUCGGGCAGAGGCCGACAAGCCGCCGCACGAGUUCCAGCUGCGCAACCCGUGGGGACGGCGGGGGCUCGCCCAACCCGGGGCGCCGUUGCGUGACACCUCGGAUGGGCUGUUUUGGAUGACGGCGGACACCAUCGCGGAACUGUUUGUGGAGGGCUACGCCGAGGCGCUAGCACCGCAGCCGGCCGCACCGCCGCCGCCGCCGCCGCAGCCUUCGCCACUACCUCCGCAGCCGUCGCCGCCGCCACCCCACCCGUCGUCCCCGCCGCCACCACCGCAGCAGCAGCAGCAACCGCCGGGCGAGUCGAGGCGAGCGGCGGAGGAGGCCGAGCUCGAGUCCUGCUCCUUUGCGCCGCGCGUGCUGCGCCCGUCGCGGCUCAACCCUGCGGCGGCGGAGGCGGCGGCCGAGGAGGCGCGCGAGCGGCGGCGGAUGCGACGCAGCAGCAGCAGCGGGGGGCUGGUCGGUGGCGGCCGGCAGCAAGGCGGCCGGCAGGCGCCCUUCUCUCCUCGCGUCAACGCGCUCCCUCGUAGUCUGUCCAGUGCCGCGGCCGGCUACCUCGACGAGCCCGCGCACGCGGAGAGCAGCGCGGCGGACGAAGCGGCGAGGCGGGCGGAGGCCGCCGCAGAGCUCACCUUUGCGCCGCGGAUCAACGCUGUCGAAGGCGUCUCGUCGCGCCUCAAGGUUGCGACGGAGCCGGACUCGUACCUCGAGCGCGCGCUGCGGGACCACGUCGCGGCGUGCAUGCGCGAGGCCGAGGCCGAGAACCAGAUGCGCGAGUGCACCUUCACGCCGCGCACGCGCGAGCCGCCCGCGUACAUCGUCCGCAUGGCGCGCAGCAUGGCCGUCGCCAGAGCUUCCAGGCCGGCCGCGCCUCCCGCCAGGCCCGGGUGGCGAAUCCGCACCAAUUGGCACAAGCCCCCGCCGAUGCGCGUUGUCCUCUUCUUGCUGCCGGGCUUUGGCCUCCAUGACGAGGACUAUUCGCGCCUCAUUGCGAGCAGCGGUGUCGACUCCCAUGUUACGUUCGACGUUUGGCCGCGAACUGUGGAGGAGGCCGAGCGCACAAACAUCGGCGUCGCCGGGCAAUGGGACUCGCCAAAGGCCAACGCGUGGAAGGCCGCAAAGACGAGAGAGUGUGCUGCACGGCUGCAAGAGCUGACGGAUGCGGAGGAUACGCGCGUGAUCGUGUUUGUUCACUCCGCCGGCGCAGAGUUUGCGAGACGGCUGCGUUUGCCCUGUGUCUGUUUUGGCUGUAAGCCCAUCGAAACCUCGGUUGUGCGCAUCCGUGGCUCGUAUGAUGCUAUCGCCGAGCCUUGUGAAGCAGAUACUAUCAUCGACUGCGGCCACUUCGGCUGCGUCUCAAAGGAGGCGUACCACCGCGCCUGCGAGUUUCAGAAGGCUCUCGGUUUGCCACCCUUGCUUGAACAGCACAAGGAUCAGAGUGCAAAAAUUGGCUCGAUCGUAGCUCGGGUUGCGCACCUACCACGCUCGGCAGUCAAGGCUGGUCAGCCAGCAGGCGUCUGA